GUAGCAAUGAGAGCCGAGCCGGGGAAAGUAAUGAGGAAACUCAAUUACUAGAUUGGGAAAGAGAGGAGGAGAUUAACGAAGGCCGGAGCAGACGCGAAGACACGAGUGUACGCACGUUUGCGGGCACGCAUUACUAGAUUCUUGUCUGAGAACAGAAUCUUGAAAGAAGAAGGAAAAAAAUUCAAUAAUAAAACGCACUUCAUUAUGCAUUCGGAUUGUAGGCUGGCAUGGACGCAGUGGGAAUGUUGAGAGCCGAAAGCAGCGAGGCAGGGCUUUUCUUCAUUUCUACGCUUGCGAUUAUCGUCGUGAACAGCAGAACAACACGAGCGCAGAAAGGUGAUGGCUGUGGCUAUACGGUCUUGGGGCACAAUAGUGGGACUCUGUCCUCAAUCAAUUAUCCUCAGACUUACCCAAACAACACUGUAUGCGAGUGGGAGAUACGUGUAGGAGCAGGGGAGCAGAUUUUGUUUAAAUUUGGAGACUUUGAUAUUGAAGAUUCGAAUUCUUGUCAUUUUAACUAUUUAAGGAUUUAUGAUAAUAUUGGACCUGGAAGAAAAGAGAUAGGUAAAUAUUGUGGACUAGGAGUAAAGUGGGACAAGAUGAUUGAGUCCAGUGGGAAUGAAGUCACCAUACAAUUCAUGUCAGGAACACACAAAUCAGGGCGUGGAUUUCUUCUCUCCUAUUCAACUUCAGCCCAUCCAGAUUUGAUUACCUGCCUAGACAAAGGAAGCCAUUUCAGUGAGCCAGAAUUCAGCAAAUUCUGCCCAGCAGGUUGUUUGACUACCUUUGGAGAAAUUUCAGGAACUAUACCUGAUGGGUACAGAGAUUCUUCCCUGCUUUGUAUGGCAGGUAUUCAUGCUGGAGUGGUGUCUAAUCUCCUUGGAGGCCAGAUUAAUGUUGUGAGCAGCAAAGGUAUCCCAUAUUAUGAGAGUGCACUUGCAAACAACGUUACUUCAGUAGGCGGCUCUCUGUCUACCAGCUUGUUUACAUUUAAGACUAGUGGAUGCUAUGGCACACUUGGACUGGAGUCGGGUGUAGUCAGAAAUUCACAGAUCACAUCGUCUUCGUUUCUUCAGUGGGAUGAUUUGAUUGGUCACCAGACUGUGUGGGGCCCUGAAAGGGCAAGGCUAAGAAAACCUGGACCUUCUUGGGCAGCCUUGAAUGCUGAUGGGAACCAAUGGCUACAAAUAGAUUUGAAAAAAGAGAGAAAAGUAACAGGUAUCAUAACUACUGGAUCCACAGUGCCAGACUACUACUUUUAUGUUUCUGCAUAUCGUGUGCUUUAUAGUGAAGAUGGAGAAACUUGGAAAACAUUUAGGGAAGCAAGUUCUGAACAAGAUAAGAUAUUUCAAGGAAAUGUUAAUUAUUUCCAAGAAGUCAGAAACAAUUUUAUUCCACCUAUUGAAGCCCGGUACAUACGAAUAAACCCUGUGCAAUGGCACCAAAAAAUUGCUUUGAAGCUGGAACUUCUUGGCUGUCUUCCAUUCCUAGGAAGAGCUCCCUUUCACCCUCCACCACCAAAACAUGGGACUGAUUUUCCUGUUCAGUUAGAUCAAACAACCUUUACUCCAGAAAUCCGAAACACAACUGUAACACCAAGUGGGACAAAAGAUAUAACAUUAGGAGCGGUUCUUGUUCCUGUGCUUGUUAUGACCUUGACUAUACUCAUUUUAAUAAUUGUUUGUACUUGGCAUUGGAAGAGCAGGAAAAAGACUGCAGAAGGAACCUAUGACAUACCAUACUGGGACCGCACAGGUUGGUGGAAAGGAAUGAAACAUUUUUUACCAGCAAAGGGUGGUGAAGGUGAAGAAUGCCAAAUUCGUUACAGCAGCUCUGAAGUGAGCCAUCUUGGGGCAAGAGAAGUGGGUCCAGUCUUACAGACAGAGCCAGCAGAGUAUGCCCAACCCCUCGUUAGUGGAUUAGUGGGAACCCUUCGUCAGCGGUCCACAUUCAAACCAGAGGACAGCAUUGACCAUGACUACUCUGAUCCUGACCCCUAUGAUGCACCGCUUCAAGGGAUAUAUCAUGCAUAUGCUGAGCCACUCCCAGCCUCUGGUCCAGAGUAUGCUACACCAAUCAUCAUGGACGUAUCCAGCCAUCUGCCUGGUACCUUACCUCACACAUCAAUAUCUACUUUCAAGUCUCUGGGCACAACUGUCAGCACCAGGGCGGACAAUAAUGUCUCUUCUGUGCAAGAGCAGUAUGACACACCAAAAGGUAUUCCAGGACCUGUAGAAGUGGAUUUGCUGUAUAAAGUACCACAGAGCAUUGUGUAGAUAUUAACUAAUAAGGGUUGAAUGAGUGUCAUUGUAAAAUGAAUGUAAGUGUCAAAUGUAUGUAGCCAUAAGACCUCAGUCUUGUUUUUAAAAAAGCACACAUCACUGUAUAUUUUACAGAUUAGUGAAUUCCACUCAGAUGUAACUUAAAGUUCAGUCCUAUCACUGAUACAACAGACAUGACAUUAGUGUAAGCUAGGAGGUAUGUUAAAGUAAAAAUAUUUCACCGUAAAUGGUAAAAAAAAAAAAA